AUGCAUGUAGAAUGGAAGGUGGACAGUUUCCGAGCAACAUCGGCGACUGAUGGUUUUCUGAAACUUCUACCACAUCACAAGAAUUCUGAUGGCGAUUCAGAUGAUGAUUCUAAUGGCGAUUCAGAUGAUGAUUCUAUUUUUCCUCAUCUUGCAAACGGUUAUGCAAACCCCGUAGAAAUUGGAGUAUCUUCGAUCGAUCUCAGCGAUGACGAAGAUACAAAAAGUAACGAAGAAGAUGAUGAUGAAAGGAUGAGAGAGGUUACUAAUUCGGCGAUACGGAGAGCGUUCAGAGAAGAUAAGAGUCGUCGGAAUGCUCCGUUAACGGUCGAGACGGCGACGAGAGUGAUGGAGGGUUAG